GGUCAAUUAACAUUAAUAAUGCAAAACCUGCAUUUCUUGAACCGUUCUUAGGCCCAAAUUAUUCCAGAAUUCAAAGUCAAAAACUUUUAAUUUUACAUUCCUUUUGAACAAAACUUGGUCCAAUUUUUCAAUUUCGUGUCACAACUCCACAAGAGUUAUAACUCAUUAUACAAAGACCUAAAUCAACAUUUCUGAAAAGAAAAAAUAAAACAAAAUCAGAAAUGGUAAACUGGUUACAUGUCUCACUAGCCAUUGCAUUCACAAGCAUCUUCAUCCUCAUCCUCCUCGUAAUCCUUCAGAAAUGCUUCCACCCCAAAACGCGCCCAAACGCCGUCGUUUCGGACCCUAACCGAAACCCUAACAGCUUCCAGAACGGAAUUUCCAGGCUUCACCAAAUCACCUCCAGAAAAGCCAGCAAUUACUACUUCCUGCAGAAGGAAUUCUCCGCGGAGUCGCCGGCGUUCUUCAAUUGGGUCGACCACCCGUCGCUCUUGGCCGACGCCGUUGAAAACGGAUGGUCCAGAUUCGCUUUCCGGACCCUGACUUCAUCUCCGUCCGUGAAGCCCGUUUUCGGCCCGUCCGAUGUCGAGAUUGGCUGGGAGGUUUGCGAAGGGUCAGAAGAUUAUGUGCAGAGAAUUAGGGUUAAUCAGGGAUUGAGGAAAGCGAUCACAGCCGUCGAUUUGCCGACUGGAGCCAUAUCAGUGAUCCGGGCCGGUCUACCUCUGCCCGGCCCUCGCUUUGGUAAUUCGGGUUUUCCGCAGCAAGCGUUUUUUGAAAUCACGAUUUUGGGUGAGGAUGAAAAUGGCCAAUUUGGGGAUGAUGAUAACGUUUGGGUUUCGAUCGGUCUGACUGGAAAAGGGCCUAUCCCCUUGAAAAUCCCAGGCAGCUUUCAGGGGUCUAUUGGCUUUAAUUCUACUGGCUCUGUUUAUCUAAAUGGAAACAAGCUGGUGUUCGAGUCCGAAACAAACAAAUGGAAACCAAAUACAAGAAAUGUCAUCGGUUGUGGCUAUAACCCAAGCCAGAAAAAGAUCAUCUUCACAUCUGAUUCGAAAUUAGUACAUGAAAUUCAUUGCAAGACUGACGAAUUCAGCCAUCCACUCUAUCCAACCCUAGCAGCAAACACCGAUAUUACAGUUCUUUUUAAUCUUGGACAGAGCCCAUUUAAAUUUGGGCCUGCAAAUUCACAAAGAACGCCCAAUCCAAGCCUCAUUGGCCCUGGUCAUGCAAAUUCACCUGCAGCCUUAGGCUAUUACAUUGAGGAUAGCAAAGAGCUUUUUUCGAUGGGAAGAAUAGAUUCACAAUGGCUUCAAAGGGGUGACACUAGACAUUACAAUACAGCGAACAGUGUUAGGUCUUUAGAUUUUGAUCGGGACUCGGAAAGUGAGUUAUUCGAGAUUGUUUUGGAUGGUACCGGACGCUCUCCGCAUAGUAUGGCAUAUCAUUAGUACUUGGAUCGUUCUAAGAACCAGCAAAAUUAGAAUGGGAAAUUUCCAAGAAUAUUGGUGAUAAUUUUGUUUAGAUUACUUUUAGGCAUAUUUAUGUGACCAUUCGUAGUCUUGUACAGAUUUUUGUAGAGUGAAGAGGCUUUGGGUUAUUUGUAUAUAUAUCAUACAUGUAUUGUAUGCUUCUGAAAUAAUAGAAAUAGGUUUUCGUUUUGUAUAAGGAGAGAGAUGUGCUUG